CAGCCUGAGCUCAUGCAGGGCUGGGUCCUCCGUGGAGUCCAAGUUUCAGCACCACCUGGCUUUGUUUUACAGGAUUCUCGUGUCCAGCCUGGUUUCCAGCCUCGUUGAGCCAGCCACUCCGAGAGUUCCCUGUGAAGAAGCCCCUCCCAGCACUGACCAUGUCUAUCAUGGACCACAGCCCCACCACGGGCGUGGUCACGGUCAUCGUCAUCCUCAUCGCCAUCGCUGCCCUGGGGGCCUUGAUCCUGGGCUGCUGGUGCUACCUGCGGCUGCAGCGCAUCAGCCAGUCGGAGGACGAGGAAAGCAUCGUGGGGGAUGGCGAGACCAAGGAGCCCUUCCUGCUGGUGCAGUACUCAGCCAAGGGACCGUGUGUGGAGAGAAAGGCCAAGCUGAUGACCCCUAAUGGCCCAGAAGUCCACGGCUGACCCGGGAUGAGAGGCUCCUGGUCCUGUUUGCAGCAACCUGAGGAGCUGGGCGGGCAGAGCCACACAGACAUGCUGCUGUCUGAGAGGAGGGGCUGACACCUGCUUGGCAUGGCCUCGGCAGGCUUCGUCAUCGCAUGCACUGACUCCUGGGGUCCCAGCCAUCCUGGGCUUCCCCUCGGCCUCCUGGUGGGGCUGCCCAUUGCAGGCAGUGGGCAGGCCUGCCCUUGCUGGGGCUCCUGGCCCCGUAGCGCUUUUGUUACUUGAAUGUUUAGCUGAGCCUGUUUUUGAUGGAGCUACUACUGUAAUGCGUGAACUAACAAACCUGUGAACUGUACAUAGGCCCCCAGAAGCACGUGCUUAGCCUUUUCGCCAAUUCUUUAAAAUACCAUAUAGAGCACAUGGGACUGGUUCGAUUCCCACUGUAAUGAUGAGCUGAGUCAAGACCGCGGAGCAGCUUAGACUUGUAAGGCCGAGUUGCACUUGGCAGGGGUCUCUAAUGUGUGUCUGUGUCUGUGUCCGUAAAGGAAGUGAGAUGUCAGCUUUCUGUCCCGUGGUGUUUUCAGCGGCAGUCGGAGCGCUUUGGCGAUUUCUGCUUGGUUAGCAAUGGAUGGAAGAACCACAGCCCCUCCGCCUCCCUCCAGGUGGACGGGGCUGCUGAAUAGCAGUGCCUGUAGCUAGGGAGUUACUGCAAGGAAGCUACCGCACCUGCUUGGGAGCCAGUGAGGGACGCGUGGGGGCACGCAUCCCGAGGGCUGCCAGGCAUCCUCGGAGCAGAGCAGUUCCUUUCCCCUCGGCCUUGAGCAUGCUGAACGCUCCUCCUCCACACAAACUUCCUGUGGUGGCUCUGGUCCUCACUGACCCACCAGAGCCCGUUUGGCCACUUUUAGUCUGAUACUUAGUUGGCCCAGGACAGAGAAAGAGUUGUGAGACUUGUUUUUGUAUUUAGUAUUUUCUGCACUGGAGGGGAGGGCAAGGGACUGCUGAGGGUCCCCCCUUCCCUUUUCACAACUUCGCUUCCUUUCCCGUGAUGUUGCCCACCUGCUGGGUACUAGAUUUUACUUCACUCAGUGGGUCUCCAUAGGCUGUGUCCCCUGCCCCAGGGAAGGUCAUUUUCUCUGUGCAUAUUGACAUUCACACAGGAGCCAGCAGACCGCUCCUGCCAGCCUGGCUUCACGCAGGGAGCGGUGCUGGGAGAUGACGUUCCGGUUCAGGACUUGGUUCUCAGCAGAGAGCUGUCAGGGAGCCAGCGCCUCGCAGCCUGGCUCUCUAGGGCACCCCUGUGGGCACUUAGUGAGCUCGCUUCAGUUCUAGCCCCACCGCUGUGGACGCGUCCUGAACCCUCAAGAUGGAAACAGCCCUAGUGUGGGCCUCCUUGGUAAUAAUCCAGAGACCAUCCCAGCUCAGCUAGGCUCUGCUUAGCCAGCCCUGGCUUAACCACAGAGCACUGGCUCUGAGCAGUAUGGGCAGGGAGCUAAGAGUUAGGGCUCACCCAAGUCUCCACAAGCAUGUUAACUAAUCCACCUUCUAGAACCCCACGGCAAGAGCAGAACGCUUCUUUUUAUCAGCGUAUGUGUAAAGUGGGAUAGCUGGUUAGGCCACUUGAGCUGAGGUGCCGAUGAAAUGCCACAGGUCAACCACUAGGGAGCCCUUAGAAGGCAGAAAAGCAACAGGAAGAGGCCAGAGUCUCGGAGGCCUUGC